GGAUUAUUUUCAUGUUGAUAGUUGUAAAGUUUUCUUGUAUGUAGCAUCUAUACUCGUCCAUCUAAUAGAGACAUGGAUGCAGAUAUUCUUCUACCCCCUUGCAGAGCAAGCAAGCAAGCCAGCACCUCCUCACACCCUCAGUUUAUGCACCCUGAGUACAUUUCUUCCUCGAUCCCGGACGUGUUCGGUCUUGAAAGCAAGGUCUUGCACCGGGUUUACCUCUUUCCUAGCCUUGAUGCCCGCUUCCUCCUCCCCAUCAUCCGGCGGCGGCACAUCCUCGAUAUGGAAUAUAAUAUGCAAAUCCUCGUCAAUCCGCUCCCCAUUCAUAUUCAACCGCUUUUCGUCGUUAAAAAACACCGUGACCUUGUGAAUCCGCUUAAUCCCCAGCUCGGGUUUGUGCUGAAUGAGCAUGUGCGUCAUGAUGGCACCGAUAGGCGAGCCUAUUCACACAUAUCAGUCAGUCAUUCCGUCCAACACAACCGCCUGAUGAAGCACAACACUAACCAAUCAACGCCUUCCACUCAUCCUCAUCUUCAUGCAUACUGAACUCCGUUCCGGGCCAUGUCGUCAACUGCUCAAUGCCUCUGUGCCGCAAUGCGCGCGCCACCAGCGCAGACGUGUCGUCGUUGAUGAUGUGCAUUGCGCCGUAGACACGCAGGUUCUUGAUGUCCUUGUUGCCUACGGU